AAGACUGAUACAACUACUGACGUCACUUGUACACAUCUCAUUCUUCUUCUUCUGUGAAUCUUCAAAACUCUUUUUAGUUUUUACGCUUAUAAUUAAAAGAAAGUCACUUCUUUCUUAUUCUCCAAGAGCCAAGAUAAUACACACAAACGAAAAAAAAAAAAAACAUGGCAGGCUCCGAUGAUCAUCAUAGGAAUCCAUAUAUGGCUUUUCCCGGCGUUUUUCCGAUUGUUUUCUUGCUUGUAUUAUCAUCGGCGGAUCUAGCGGCGAGUCAGUCGCAGCCCGGUCCAACUAAUCAACCUUACAACUACGGCAGACUAAGUCCAGCCAUGGCUGUGAUCGUUGUCAUCCUUAUCGCUGCUCUCUUUUUCAUGGGCUUCUUCUCCAUCUACUUCCGCCACUGUUCCGGCGUACCUGACGCCGGCGUUUCUCCCGCUGGAGCUGCUAGAUCCAGAGGAACCGUCAACGCGGCGGCGCGUGGUCUCGACGCUGCAGUUGUCGAGACUUUCCCUACGUUCUUGUACUCGGACGUUAAGACGCAGAAGCUUGGUAAAGGUGAGCUGGAGUGCGCGAUUUGUCUGAACGAGUUCGAAGACGAUGAAACGCUGCGUUUGCUUCCCAAGUGUGAUCACGUGUUUCACCCUCACUGCAUCGGUGCUUGGCUCGAGGCUCAUGUCACUUGUCCUGUUUGUAGAGCCAAUCUUGCUGAACAGGUCGCUGAAGGCGAAUCGGUUGAACCGGGAGGAACUGAGCCGGAUCUUGAACUGCAGCAAGUGGCGCCGAAUCCUGAACCGGUACUUACCGCUCCGGUACCGGAAGAAUUGGCGACGAGUGAAAUCGAUUCGAGGAGAUUACCUGGUGUACCGGUGGAUCUCAAGCGGGUUAAUAAGUUCUCGAGAUCGCAUACAACGGGACAUUCAGUGGUUCAACCGGGAGAAUGUACCGAGCGGUUUACUCUCCGGUUACCGGAAGAUGUUAGGAAGAGGAUAAUGAGGGAUUGGAAAUUGAACCGGUCGAAUAGUGUCCUGGUUCUACCUAGGGGAGGGAGUUCAAGGAGAGGAAAACCGAUUGAUCGGUCGAGAGCUCGGUCUGACCGGUGGUUGUUCCGGAAAACGCCGUCGUUUCUAUGGAGGAGUCGUGAUGAUGGUUCAAUAAGGCUAGGUAGUACCGGAAGCGUUCGAGCCAAUCCUGUACCGAACCCAACCGGUGGUGAUUCGGUACGAGGAGGAGAACGGUGGGCAUUUCUUAGAAACGCGUCGUUUCUGUGGAGGAACUCUUCGGUACAUGUGCAAAGAGGAGGAGUCAAUAAAGACGGCGAAGGAACUUCGGUUAAUCCAACCGGUCCAAGUGGUUCAAGAAGCGGUUCGGUGAGAUUACCGGUUUAGUUGACUUUGCUUGUAACUAGUACUUUCACUCAUCUUUUUUCCAUUUUUGUUUUAUGUUUGGGACUGUUGAUAAACACGAAAUACAUUUUCCUUUAUUUUUUUUUUAAAAGUAUAAUUCUUGUAUUUGUUUAGGUUAAAUUUCAUUAGAAUUCUUGUAUU